GGCCGUUGCCCGAGUCACAUGAAAAUGGCGACCGCCGGUCCCGAAGACCCGGGCUUCACUGCCCCCCCAGGGUCCAGUCGAAAAACAGCUUCCCCAGAGACACAUAUUUCUCUCUAAGCUGACUUGACAACAUAUUCUUCCAGGGUCCUGGGUCAUCUCAGAGUAUGAAGAAGACUAUUGGUCAUCGAGGGAUUGACCCCACUGGAGAGACCACUUACAAAAAGACGACUUCCUCUGCCCUGAAAGGAGCCAUUCAGCUUGGUAUUACCCACACUGUGGGAAGCCUGAGCCAGAAGGCUGAGCGAGAUGUUCUUAUGCAGGACUUCUAUGUGGUAGAAAGCAUCUUCUUCCCUAGUGAGGGCAGUAAUCUGACUCCUGCACAUCACCAUGGUGACUUUCGGUUUAAGACAUACGCACCAAUUGCCUUCCGUUACUUCAGGGAACUCUUUGGCAUUCGACCCGAUGACUACCUGUACUCUCUGUGUAAUGAUUCUUUGAUUGAACUGUCGAAUCCUGGUGCGAGUGGCUCGAUCUUCUAUGUCUCCAGCGAUGAUGAGUUUAUUAUUAAAACUGUUCAGCACAAAGAAGCUGAGUUCUUACAAAAACUACUGCCAGGAUAUUUCAUGAACCUAAACCAGAACAAACGGACAUUACUGCCAAAGUUCUAUGGACUCUACUGUGUACAGGCAGGGGGAAAGAACAUACGCAUUGUAGUGAUGAACAACCUUCUGCCAUGCUCUGUACCAAUGCACCUCAAAUAUGACUUAAAAGGCUCCACUUACAAGCGGCGUGCCUCUCCCAAAGAGAGGGAAAAAAAGGUGCCCACCUACAAAGACCUUGACUUCAUCCAGGACAUGCCUGAGGGAAUUCAACUCGAGCCAGACAACUACAAUGCUCUCAGUAAGACGAUCCAGCGAGACUGCCUGCUGUUGCAGAGCUUUAAGAUCAUGGACUAUAGUUUGUUGGUUGGAAUUCACAAUGUGGAUCACGCGAACCGUGAGCGCCUUGGCAUAAGGGAAAGCAGCAGACCGGUAGAUGGGACGGUUACACCUGACCAGAAGAGACCACAGGCGCAGAAAGCCCUUUACAGUACAGCUAUGGAGUCCAUCCAGGGAGAAGCUCGAGGGAAGGGCACAAUGGACAGCGAAGACCAGUGGGGAGGUAUCCCAGCUCGAAACAAUAAAGGAGAGCGGCUACUGGUUUACAUUGGAAUUAUUGACAUUCUGCAGUCAUACAGAUUCAUCAAGAAGUUAGAGCAUUCCUGGAAAGCACUGGUUCAUGAUGGGGACACUGUGUCUGUUCACCGACCAAGCUUCUAUGCAGAGCGAUUCCAGCGCUUUAUGUGCAACACAGUAUUUAGGAAAACAUUAAAGUCAUCACCAUCAAAGAAGAGCCGUGCAGGUUUUCAGAGUGUUGCUCGGAGACUGCCCAUGGGCACUGCUUACCCGAGUGCCCAGUCCAGCAGCCACAUGCUCCUUGAUUCUCGACUUGUUUAUCAUUCCCACUUUACUCAGCCUGACACAGAUGUUGAAAUUGGUAUGCAGUCAGACAGACCUGACCUGCUCCCGAGCAUGCCUCCCCUACCUGGAACCUCAACUGAAUUUGAUGCCACUGAUGUAUCUAAUCCUUCAGUGCCCCCAACCAGGUCAGUUGGGGUGGAGGUGCACAAAUCUGCAAGCACAGAACCUGAUAGCAACACUUAUCUCAGUUCGGGAGCUGAAGUUGCAGAUGAGCAGAUUGGUAAUGAAGAUGCCAUUUCUCUCAGAGACAUCAUUCCUGAGACCAACAUUUGUUUUUAAGCCUGAAAACAUGAUGCAGGAAAGAGAGUGAAAAAGGUAUGCAUGAGAGCCUGAGAUCAACUGAAUAAGUCAUCUCUCCCUAAAACAAGGAGUAAAAGGAAUUCCAAGCCUUUGGAGUGACACCCUAGUAGAUUUGGGCAAGAGAGUAUGAUCAAUAGACUCUCUUCUUUAUCUUCAGCACAGGGUAUGCUGCUAUACCUCCACCUGUUGACUACACAAUUGCUUUCCUGAGCUUCAGAGUCACCUUUGGUCUCACACUGCAUGUUUUUUAUGAACACACAGGUUUUUGUCUUUCCGUUCAAACACAGUUUUGUUGCUCUACAUACAUAUACUAAGAAAGAAGAAGACUGUUGAAUUAUUUAUUCUAUAUACAUAUAUAUAUAUAUGCAGAUUAUUUUCUGACGGUCUUGUUUUUGUAACAGUUGUUAGAUGACUUUAUGAACACAUUAUAUCGGUUUUCAUACCAGAUGUUAACACUCUUUUUAAGUUGAAGUAUUAAGAGGGCUUUUUACUUUAUUCCCAUUGUUAUGAAGAAGCUUUGAAUGAACUCCACUGUGAGCUGAAUUGGCAGUAAUGUGUUAGCAGGUGUGUAAUUUGCUGUUUAACGCUGUAGGAUUAUCUUUACACUUGCAGUAAAACAUAAUCUGAUCUGUUGUAAUGGAAAUCGACCUGAUAUUUAUUUGACUGUUCACCAUUAAGUUAAAAAAAAAACCUUCCCCUUUACUAAAGGUCUGUUUCAUAGUCUCGAAAUCUGUGUCUCAAUGCCAAUGUUUUUUCUUUUUUUUUUUUGGCAUGUGUUAAUUUCUUUCGAACCCCAUCCUAUUUUUGGCUUAGAUUUUGUGUAUGCAUAAGAUUUUGCAAGGUUUUUUAAGGUGUUGUUUUUUUUUUUUCUCCACUUUGGUCAUGAAGUGUUUCAGUUCUUUUAAGUGGACCAAUCAGCAAUGUAGAUUCAUGAAUUGACAGUCAGGCUUGCUUGUUUUUAAUGCCAGAGGCCUUCAAUCCAUUGACAUGUACUGUAGUUUUGUAUAUAUUUGUAUAAAUAUUAUUCAUUUUCAUGUUUGCAUACCUAUCAUAAAGACUAAUAUACUUUUAUGAUGCAGUAUGUAUUCUAAACUAACAAAUUAACAUGUUUAUAUUUGUUCUACUUUUUGGCAUGCUUUGUCUGUUUGCUAACUGCGCUCUUCUAAGAGCUUGCUAAUUUCUGCUGGAUACAGAAAUUACAUACAUUCGGUACAUUACUUAUGCAAGUGAAUAUUUUAAUGUGACAGUGAUCAUUAGAGUACCUUUGCCUCAUUUAUUUACACAAGUUAAACAUCAACCUUUUUUUUUUUAUCUCUGUGCAUUUAUUGUGCUAUGCUUUAUUUCUCCCUGCAUUGUAUGUAAACAAACCUGUUUCUAGAAACACUUUUAUUUAUUAUAUCCGAAUUGUGCCCAGAAUUAUUUUUUUGCACGAAAGGUGUGUACGAAGUUGUUUUUUGUUUUUUUCCUCCCUUCCCCUCCCCCCACGUGAACAAAAACUCAACUCAAAAAACCCAACUCAAACUUGGUGUAUAUAUUUAACAAUAUAUGGUGUUUUGCUUAAAGGUAGUGUCCAUGCACCAUGGAGUAUUUUAUUGUGUGCUUUUGGAUUUUGGGUAUUUUAAAUGAGUGCAGUGUGGGACCAAGUUAUCUGAAAAUCUUUUAAAAGCUGAGUUGCGCCACAACAGACUAGUUGGCUGAAGGUGCAUGAGGAUGUUUAAAUGUGCACUAACAGGGCUGGAAUUUUUUUAUUUUUUUUAUUGAUAAGAGUGCUGUACUGGUUUGGUUACUUGGACAAACUUUGUGUUCUCCUGAGUAUUCUUCGAAGCUGAUUAAGGGGAAAAUUACAGUGGCCAGCUUGCUGCUUUGUCCCAAUCUUUCUAAUACACUAAGACUGUGAUGCACAUGACAUUGCUGCCUUUUCCAGCAUUUGUCUGAUGGGUCUUCACUAAUGUUUCCUGCAUUGUUUCAUCUCCGAUUGUGCCCACUCCAACUACAUUAAGAGGUGCACAGUAUGCAUCAUACACCUAGACAAACCUAGUUCAUGAAAAAUAAAUGUGAAUAUUAUUUGGCAAACCCAAUACUUAUGCACGGCCAUUGAGUCCUUAUGAAUUUCAGCUCAUCUUCCACUAUGUGGUUGCAAGCAAAUACAAUAAGUUGCCAUAUGAAGUCGUAUGAAGUCGUGCUCAAUGGUGCACCAAACGUGGGGAAGAAAAUCUGAUAUUGCCAAAUAAGAUUUUGUAAAAGCGCUCUGUGGGUCAGAGGAAUAAAAUCUAAACUGAGAUACAGGGCUUGCAAAAAUGGACAAAAACCUUCUUACCACACAUAACCAGUAUUCCAAUUAGAGUAACUUUAAUCUUUAAAAAGAUCAUGCCUUGUCCUGUUGACAGAGCAAGUGCUUGAACAUUCUUGCACUUUAUGCUGUCAUGAUUUUGUAUUUUUACCUGCAUUUGUUCUAUCCAGUGUGCAACCAAUCUGCUUCUUUAUUAUAAUUUAAAAUUGUUCUUGUUUUUUAUUGCUUUCCUUGAAACCUGAACUCCAGUUCACUGAUAAAGGCAGGGUUACCUAGUCAUAUAAUAGGUACCUGUAGACUCCUUUGUCUGUGUGGUUCAAAUUUGUGUUAAAUGAAUGAUGGGUUGUGAGCUACAUGUUCUGUCCAUAAGUUGUUUGCAGUAUUUUGAUUUUACUGACAGACUUUUGGUGAAACUGACUAAUGCACAACAGACACAUCAAUCUUGCACAAUUCAUGCAUGAUUAUAUGCUGGCAAUGAAGACACUACCAUAUGAACUAUUGCAUUGUUACAUUUCUGCCAGUUAAUGGUUUGGUAACUAUAUUUAUUAGGAAAACAUUUUUGUACCUUGUAUGAUUGUAAUAAACCUAAUAUUCUUUCUACCAUAGACAAUUUGAUUGCUGUAGAGAGAAACCUUUAUAUAUAUAUAUAUAUAUAUAUAUAUAUAUAUAUAUAUAUAAAAUUGUAUUUCUGGACAAAGUGGGAGUCUGAUGAUGUUGUACACUGUAUUUGUUGUGUUUAAGGUAUUAUAUAUUACACAAUUUUUGUAAAAACAUGAAUGUCUGGUGAUUUCAGGAGUAGAAAGAUUGCCUAUAUUUUUACUCAGCUUGUGUAUAAUGUGUAAAUGUUCUGUAUAUAAGCAGCAAAAAAGAAGGGAAAAAAAACACCCCUGCCCAUUCCCUCAUAAUGUUAAUCACAUGCCUUGUCUGCCAAUUUCAUAUGGUGGUGGGUUUUUCUUUUCAUAUUAUCACUUAGAUUUUAAAUAGGCUAAUAAAUUUUUUAAACAUU